GCGCUUGCAUGCCUCGCUCCCUCAAGCUGUGAAGUUUGUGCACCCACUGCACAACAAUGUCCCUCGACAUGCUCGCGUGAACGCUGAUAAAGAGUCCAGCUGCAACCGCUGCAGCACAUCAAUAUGACCGUACCUGUCGACACCGAGAACGUCUACCGCUACCGACCUCUACGCCGCGAGGAUGACAUCCGCCUUGUGCGCAUUGCGCCUGGACGUUUUAACUCAGAAGACAUACAUUGCAAUAUCAUCCACUAUCGCAGAACAAACAAGAACCCCCCAAAGUUCGAAGCGCUGUCGUACGUUUGGGGUGAUCCGAGUGGAGCUAGAACUAUCAGAUGGUGCAUCAUCGUGCAAGAUCCAUGUCACUCAGAAUUGCUUCGCCGCACUACAACGGUUACGGUACAAGAAGAAGUUAAGAUUGAUGUGGAUAGACGCUGUCUGCCUUGAUCAGAAAAACAAUGAAGAGAAAAUUAGCCAAGUCCGGCGUAUGGGUGAAAUUUAUCGACUGGCGAAAGCAGUCAUCGUCUCUCUUGACGAGGCAGAUGAGGCCAGCAAAGUCGUCUGGGGUUUCAUAAAUAGAUAUCGUAAAGACUAUCUCGCACACAGAUUGUUCGAUUCCUUCGGUUUUCAGAAAAGGUCGCCUCUGCGGUUAGUGUGAUUUUAAAACGCGAUCGGUUCAGCCGCGUUUGGGUACUUCAGGAAGUCUUCCAUGGCCAGUAUGAAGAUGACUGAACUUCGGCUGUGUGUGGGUCUGAGAUGGUGGACUAGUGUUUCUUCGCCGCCUUAUGCGAGGA